CCCGUCCUCUCCCAGGAUGAUCUUUUCCACCAUUUCUCCCAAUCCCCGUUCCCAGCUGUGCGUGCCAGAGGGGAGGCUAUCCAGUCACUUGCUCCCUGCCCUGUGUGUGCCCCUGAACCCCGCGCAGAGCCGAAAAAUGUGGCGUUUGAGUGUCCGGACUGUGGAUGGCCGACACAUUGUACAGAAGAACAUUGGAAGGCAGACGAGGAGCAUCAGAAAUACUGCUCUCGCCUGCGAGAGGUGAAUGAAGACGAGCACGACUUGAGGAGCGGACGCAGGCUACGCGAAUUUGAGCUACCGGGCCCCCAGGACUCCGAGUCCGCCAUAUCUUUUGCCAACUGGGAUGUGUUCUGGUACACCCGAAAUUUCUCUUCCAUGGAUACAGAGCGAUCGCGUCGACAUGCGAGCAAACUGCUCACGUAUCCUAUCACAAUCGGCUCGACCAUUCAUCAAUAUAGCAACCUCACACUCAGCAGUCAGCGUCUAACUCCAGAAGGAAGUCGCUCUCUUGCGGCUCUCCGAUCAACACUGCACGGACCUAUGGGUACUCCGGAAACUGAGGAAGCAUCGGCAAGCAAGCCACAGAUGCGCAUUUUCAUCCUUGGCGCGCGCGCUGAAUCCUCAUUGCCGCCUCACGUUUGGGAACAGCUCCCCUUAUUAUUCCCUUCCGCUCUUUUUCAUCUUUAUUUCAUCGGCCCUCAAGUGUCACUACCGAGACCUCCGAAUUCUGGCCCGGCGACACUUAAAGCUAAUACACUACCCUCAACCUCGUCAGAGGCUUCCUCCGGACCCAAACCAGAGGCGAAUACAGAGCCUCCCAAAUCACAGGAGGAAAAGCCCCGUGCGCGCUCUUCUCUGGAACUCUACGGCAUACCCUCCUAUACCGUUCCGUACACCCCGCAACUCACCAUCACAGGAAUACAGUGCAACUACCAUGAAGUACACGCGCAGUUCCAGGAGACUUUCGACCCGUACACAGAUCUGUUCUUCCUCUUCUCCCCCGGCUUUGGCUUCCCUUCGCCCAACUCUGUCAACGAGGAGACUGGGCAGCCUCUCUUGCAGGUCGCCUCGCCGACGGAGUGGGGAUACGAUAUCCCCUUGCUCCUCACGACGAAGUGUCCGAUUUUUGUCACCGGAUUUUCUCCAGCGGACGUAGAGCGUGAUAUUAAAUCGCUCUCGACCGCUCCGGGAGUCGCGGGCGAAUUUGACUGGGUCAUCACGCCAGGAGAAAAUGCUUUUGGGAGUGAAAAGUGGGAGGUUGCGGAUUUCGACCCGAGAGUGAUGGUGAAGACCAACUGGGGUAUCUGGGGUAUGCGUGGAAAGCGGAGAGACAUCCAG